CACAGCCAUUGAGCCUACCUUCCCCUACUGACUAACUUGUACCUUAAAAACUAUUCAAAAAAGAUUUUGAUAAGAAACUUGCUAAAGAUUUCUUUUGUUUAAAAAAUUAUUUAAGUACAAAAUAAACUAAAUAUUGGGACUUAUUCCUGGGGUCCGAAGCAGGUUGGCAAGUGGGUGGGCCAAGGGAAAAUUUCACUAUCAUAACAAAAGAUUUCGAACAAAGCUCUAUUGUCUUGCAAAAAAGGAGGGGGCAUGGCCCCGGCCCCCUUCUUCGGAGGCCCUUUUAUCCUGAAUCCUGGGUUCUCUAAAGGAUUCCAGACCCAUAUUAUUUUUAUUUCCUUUGUUAUUUCUUUGAGAUUUUUAAGUAAUUUUCCUUGUUUUUAACAUGAUAAGUAUUAAGUACAUACCAAUUAAUGUUUACUGUUAAUGUUAACUGUUAAGUUAAAAGAAAGUAGAUAAAAUUUAUAGUGUACUGUUUUGCGAUUGCCAAUAUUGUCACAAUCAUAGGGUGUAUUUCCUUCCAAAUGAUGAUAUGUCCCAAGGAAACUGCUAUUGUAAUAAAUCAAGAGCUAACAACAUCCUGGAGAAUCAUGACAUUCUAUGACGCAGAAUUCAAUUGGCAAUGCUUUGCGUGGAAGUAUCCAAGGGAAUGUUUGGUUGAAGGAGGUAUGAGCCUUUCAAUCAGACGUAAAAUUGUAAACAUUUAGGGUAAUCUGGAACAAUUACCAUGUCACCAAACAAUCGUUUGCUUUCCAGUUCUACAAAGGUUGUCUCUCAAUUUACGGUUUCACGGAGAGCGUGGUGUGCGAAUAUUCGAUAGCUGUAGCUAUGAUCAUUCAGAAAACCAUUUCUGGAGAAAAUAUAGGCCCAAUGGAAAAGCGGACCGAAAGUUUGCCAAAUGAAGAACAAAGAUUAGAGUCUUUACAGAAGUUGCAGAAGUGCUGCACGUUCUAUGGCGCGGAAUACAUCAAUGAUAAUUUCAGAUCUGUUUUGAUGCUCUUAGCUCACGGUCUUCAAGACAAUUCUCCAGUUGCGAGGAAGCUGUCGAUUGAAAUUACUUCUGAAGUACUCCCGUGCCUAGAAACGGGUGGAGAAAGCGACAAAAUUAUUACGAAAGAAAUUAUCCCGCGACUAGUUGCAAACCUGUGUUUCUCAAACACAGCAAUAAAAAAAUGCACUGUCCAUACACUUCAUGUUUAUAUGAAACAUUUUAACCGAGUUCAGGAUGUGCUUCGCGUUAUUAUUAGUCAACUUGACAGCGGGGAUGCGAAGACCAGGACAGAAUUAAUGGUUGCUUUGCCAAUCAUUAUCACUCCAGCAUUUGCGGAGGAAGAUAUUUUUGAACUAAUAAGUGCAUUAGUGCACCGCCUGGAAGUAAGCUCCAUUAAAUCAGAGCAUAAUGCCCCAUCAAUGAUUUGUUUAGAGAAGAUUAAAUCGGUUCUUGGAGAGAAUGUAUUUCUGUCGUAUAUCAAUCGUCUGCCAGACAGGCUUCAGAAAGAAUAUAAUUUGGGAGUGCAAAAAUCAAUUCUUGCUGGCCAGGAUGCAUCAGCAGUCGAAAAGCAAACAUCAAUUCAUUCACUGAUUGCAAGAACCUUGAGUAAUGGCUCAAUAAAAUCCAAUGGCACAUCUGUAAAUGGAACAGAACAGAGUAAUUUGAAAAGGAACAGUCCCUUAGCAAAAUCUACAAGUAGUCUUGACAAAACGGGACCAAAACCAGUCAACAGUGCUGAAAGGGUUGGUCUUGUCAGAGCAAGGAGCACAGAAAGACUAAGUAAAACAAAAGGAUAUAGUGAUCGUUCUAAACGAGCAUCUUCUGUUGAAAGUGUUCCUAAUGAGAAUGGUGUGCAUUCCACAAGCCAAACUCUAUAUUAUGGAUUUAUUCCAGCUGAAAUAAUUCUAGAAUUGGAGGACAGUAGCUGGAAGACUCGUGCCAAUGGAAUCGAGGCAUUAAAAUUACUUGUUGAGAGUAUACAAGAUAAUUCAGUUUUAUUGAACAGUUUGGGCGAUUUGUUAGAGAUGCUUACUAGAUUUGUUGAAGAUUCAAACUUCAAAAUUUUGCUUACAAGUUUACAUAUCUUACGGGAUGUUAUUGAAAAGGUUGGCGAUAACCUGAGACCACAUAUGGAACUACUUCUUGCAGUUGUGCAAACAAAACUUGGUGAUUCAAAGGUAGUUAUAAAGCAGCUAAAUAUGCAAAUACUUUUAAAUCUGAUGCAUGUUGCAAAACCAUGGGCAGUUCUCAAGCCAUUAAUGCCAUGCCUGAAUCAUCGCAACUCGAAGAUAAGAGAGGACAUCAUAAAUAUGAUCACUGCCGCCUUGCUGACUUUCCCUAGUUCUGAUUUCAAUCUCACAACACUGCCAGGCUUAAUUGCACCAAUGCUAAUAGAUGCAAAAAGAAAAGUAAGACAGGCUGUUCUUGAGUGCUUUGCUGUGAUUGCUCAAAGCCUAGGACCAGGGAGAAUGCAGCCUCUAGUGACAUCAGUUGAUAUGAUUGAGCUCAAUCCAGAGGGGGAGGGUGUAAUGGAAGCAGUUCAAGCAAGACUUGCAAGGCGCAAACUGCCAAAAAUCACCCCAGAAGGCACCAUAGAGUACUCCAUGAUAGUCACUACAGCGGUGAAGCAUAAUUCUCUGCAAGUACCACCUGAUGUCUCAUGGAUCCUUUAUGGACCGUCAGGCCUAUCAGGAGAGUCAGGCAAAACCUCAGGGGAAGGAAUUGUAAAGCGUUAUCGUAGCGCAGGAAAGAAAAGACUUCCUUGGGAAAGUGAUGAUGAAACAACAACUUCUUCAAGAAAAAGUAUUGGCAGUGCACCAAUUCAGUCGCAGGAAGACAGAGGAUCAGAUCCUAUACCAUACGCAACCAGAAAUUCCUGGGCACCUGGUCAAAACGUUAGCUACACCGAGAGAUACCAAAUCAAAGGAAAGUUGGGCACCAUGCCUCUUAAACAGCAAGAGAACCUGGAGUUUGUUAAGAGUGAUUCUGUUGGGUCCUAUUUUCAUAUGUACAAACAAAGAAUGAGAAAGCUGAAGCAGGCUGGUUUACAGGCGGAUAACACCAUGAUCAACACUCUAAACAGGGGUAAUCCACUCUCCCCCUCGGACCCCCAAAACCCGUUAGUACCCAAGAGUGCAAUCGGGAGAGACACAAUUAGAACCCCUGUAUCUGGCAGCCGUUCUCCAGUAGCACCACACGAGGAUAAGCCGCUUUCUGCAUCUUGGUCUGGAUCUGAGUACAAUGAAAGUCGUAACUGGCUUGUUGCUAAGAAACCUGCUGAUCUUGAGCCCAUUGGGACACCGGUCCCUGAAACAGAUGUUGUUAGAGAUAUCGAGAGUCCCGUUCACCUCAAACCAGCUAUUGCACGAUCAGCAUCGAAAAAGAGACGACAAUUGCGGUUGGAGCUUGAUAAAACGAACAACCUGAAAUUGGAGGACGAGGAAGAAAAUGACAAGAAAAAGAAAUCACCUGUUGAUCCAUUGGCAAACAUAAAGCAACAAGCUCAUAUACUCAAGCAGCAGAAAGUUACCAACGAAAGCCAAGAGCUUGGAUCACCUUUUGAUUCACGGCCGAAAAUUGCGAGAAGCCCAUCUGCUCGCAAAAGUAGGCAAAAGCCACUCAAGGGUGAUGCAACGAAACCUUCUUCAGAUACCAGUGAGAGCGGAAAGGAAACUCCAAGCCCACGAGAAAAACCCCAUCGCAAGGAACUGCUUGAAAAGAGUUUACAAUCGCCUCACGAUCACAAGAAGGAAGGCUGGAAUGAAGCAAACAAUUUUAUAGUUGGUAAGAGCAUGGCAAGGGAUUCUAUUUUAGAAGACUCUUUAGACUAUGAAGACGACUUUGAAAUCCCAGAAUCAAAUGGAGCUAGGGAAGAAACUUCAGAUGAGGGGUCUUCAGACGAACACAGUGGUAGCUCUGACAAAAUGGCAGAGGCAAGGGCAGAGGACUCGAACAAAGGACAUUCAAGUUUGUCAAAGUCCGCGCUUGAAAGAGUGAAGCAGCGGCGAAGUGAGGAAAUGCGCAAACGAGAAUUGUCUCUCAUAAAGCAGAGGGAAAAAGAGGCCGAGGAAAGGCUCAAGGCUGAAAGGGAGGCUAAAGAAGCCGAAGAAAGAAAACAAGCAGAACGGAAUAGAAGAAUAGCGGAAAUGAAGCGAAUUGAAGACUUGCUAAAAGCGGAGGAGCGCAAAAAGGAGGAAGAAGAACGACGAAAAGAAGAAGAACUUCAAAAGAAAAAGCGACAAGAGGAGGAAGAAAGGAGAAUACAAGAAGAGCUUAAUGCUAAGAGGGAGAUGCAAGCCAAAUUAGAUGCCGAAGAAAUGAAGCGCGCGGAAGAGCUUUCUAGAAAAGCAGAGCUGAAUCGUAGGGAACAAAGAAUGAAGGAAUUGGAAGCCCUGAUCAAAGCAGAAGAGGUAAAACACGAAGAAAUGCGGAGAAAGAGUGAAGAAGCUAAGAAACAAGAAGAAGAUUUAGAAAUGAGAAGGCAGGAAGAAAUUCGUAGACAGAAGGAAAAGGAGGUUGAGGCACAAAUCGAGGAAGAAAGAAUGAAAAGAGCUGAAGCAGAGUUGAAAGAAGCGAGAAGAAAAAAGGCAGAAUUGAAGCGAAUUAAAGAGAUUGAGGCUAAGAAGAAGGAAGAGGAAGAGCGCAGGACAAAAAGGAUGACCAACGCUGCAGAAAACAAUGGUAAUGAAGGUCACACGACCAAAUAUGAAGCGUUCGCGGUGAAUCUUGGUGACUGUGAGCGAAGCAGUGGUGUUACUGAAAAUCGAAUGAAUGAUGAUGCAAAUAACAACUCGAUAAAACCUGCCGCUAGCCGUUCACCAAGACUGAAGAAAAAUUAUAAUGAAAGGCGCGAAGGAAGAGCAUUAUCCGGGUCUCAUGUUCCAAAUCAUGUCGAAAUUGACGUCAGUGCUGUUCGACGCUCCUGCACAGAGGGUCAUAUGGCAGUGGAGCCUAUGAAUCCAUUCGAUAAUCCAGAAUUGGCUUUGAAAGACGGGUUGCGACAAAUUGCUGCUAGUUCCGAAGACUGGGAGAUGAAAUGUGAAGGGCUUCAAACUUUUCGACGGCUGGCGAUGUUCCAUCCAGAUGUCAUUUGUCAGCACCUGCACACAGUUUGCCUUGGAAUUGUAGCAGAAGUAAAGAAUCUUCGCUCACAAGUUUCGAGGACUGCAAUCCAGUGUCUGGGAGAGACUGUCUCUUAUUUACCGAAGCAAAUAGAGCCUGAGCUUGAUAUGGUCGUAAGUACAUUGCUGUCCAAGUCCAGUGAAUCAAAUGCAUUUAUCAAAGAAGAUGUCGAAAAGUCGUUAUCUGCCGUCGCCAGCCAUGUCAACUGCGUGAAAGCAAUGGGUGCUUUUAUCAAUGGCGGAGCUGGUCAUCGCAACGCCCAAGUCCGCAAAAUGUGUGCAAGGUUUUUGUCGCAGCUGGCGGAGAGGAUUGGCGUAACGCGCCUCUUGAGCGGUGGCAAAGACGUCACGGAACGAAUCUUACCAGUUGCUGCUCAGUUUGCGGUGGACGGUAAUCAAGAGACGAGGUACUACGGACGAUGUAUACUUUACUUGAUGAUUGAUCACCCAGACCUUGAACGAUUGAUAGAGAAGCAUCUGCCGAAAGCCAAUGUGCGACCUGCUAAAGAUAUCGUGGAGAAUCUUAAGGCCAAGGGUCUGAGAGACGCACCGAACGAGCAUGGCUCUGCCAGCAUUCGACGUUCCCAACGCCAUGCUGGUAGUGGAGUGGCGAGUAACUCAGUUGCCAGAAGCUCUACCUUCAACGGUAGCCACUCAGCUGUCGAUGGUCGCCAAGGCAGUGGCAAUAAGGCUCUUGUCAGGGCAAGCACGAACAAAGCUGCUCGGCAACAACAAAAUUCAGAAGGAUAUCAGCCUGCAAGGCCAUUGGACCUGGAAUCCAUAGCCGGCUUAAAUGCUAAUGAAUGGAAAACAAGAUUAGAUGCUAUCGAGAACUUUUACCAUCUCGUACGCACAAAUCCGGACGGAGUGGCAAGCCACAUUAGCAAGGUUUUUGAUAAGUUUAUACCACGGCUUACUGAUUCCAACAGCAAAGUAAACCUGCAAGCUCUUCAAACGAUGAACAAAGCAAUCCCCAUCCUUAGAGAUGCCCUGACACCCCUCAUCACACUGCUGAUGCAGUCACUGACGUCAUGUGUUGCGUCGAAAAAUAAUGCUAUAUACAACGCUGGAAUGGAAGUACUUAUUUCGCUGACUAAGUUUGUUGAUAACGUUAUUUUACUACAACCAUUAAUCACGGCUGUUAGAUACGGAAACACACGAGUGAAGCCAGAAAUGGCAAUGCGUCUAGCAGAUUUAGUAACGCCUGUAUUUCAAAGAAAACCGAGUCUGGUUCAAACGCAUAUUCUACCAGUACUUUGGCACUUGCUGUCCACAUCAAAAGUUGGGAGUGCUGCCAAUGCUAGAAACGAUAUUAGCACAGCAACAGCAAAGUUGUGUGAAGAACUUUAUAUUUGUUAUGGAGAAUCUCUCUAUGACGAAGCAGAAUCACAAGGAAAAAACGUGAAAGAAAAACUCAAGCAUUAUAUGAUGUAGCUUUUAAUCACUUUAUUUUCUUAGUUUCUAUGCAAGUUUCAAAUUUUUAUGGGGUUUUUAAACACAACUGGCUGAAUUACCCUCUGGCUGAAUCUAGAUUUUAGGGGGGUUUGAUUAAAACCACCAUAGCUUUAAAGCUUUGUUUUCAAUUUUAUAUUUAAGAUAAUUUUUUGGAUUUUGACAAAUUAUUUCUAACUUGGGAACUGAUUACCGAAAGAUUCCCUUAAUGCUCUAAUGCUGAUACAGAAAAUUAUAAAGCAUACCUGCGCCGCGCCGCCCAAGACAAUGGGGAACCAGGCGUCAUCAUCCAAGACUUCUCUCGCGCGCUUUGAACGGCCUUUCGAAUGGAUAAAGUAACUGGAGAAGUCUUACUCAAAAUGGUUGGCCUAAUAUAGCUAAAUCGGGCAUCCUUCCUGUUUCGCCAUUGUCAUUCAGCCAGAUGUUUCUCCACGCUGGUGGCAAUCAUAUCGACAUUAUCAGAAUUCAGUUGAUUCUGAUUUUGUUUUAUUUCCACGCUUGUACUCAAUAAAAUACAGUAUCAGCUACAUCUUUGUAUAUCACAAAACUGCCAGUCGAUACCUAAUUUGGUAGUUAUUAUUAAUGCAUAAAUAAACACUACAUGUAAAUAUGCGAAAGUUUUAAGAAUUAUUUAAAUUAGAAAGAAA